AGAUGUCAGCACUUUCGCGGAAGAAGCUGAUCAAGCCGAGGAAGAAGUUUUCUGAUAUUAGCCGAAAUAUAGUAAGUAAUUUAGUAGAUAAUGCCGAAUUGUACGGCAACCUUAGAUUUUUAGCCAGGAGAAAAAAAGUUGUUUUAUUCAUAAGAAACUAGACCAUUCGGAAAGUUCCUUUUUAUGCGGCCAAUUUCUUCUACCGUUCAAAGUAGGUCAUGAUGGCGUCCUCCUUCUCCACGGUCGUUUAUAUUUAUUUCAGCAAUCGAUAAAUGCUUCAAAUAGAACAUUUAUUAUCUGAACUCCCGAUAUAUUGGUCUAUUCUCUCCUCAGUCUUUCACUUUCACAUUCGAGAGUGUGAGAAUUGUUUUAUUGCCCAUAAACUACCCUUUUUAACAUUUUCAUAAGGUAAUUUGUUUUCCCCUUUGUAGCUGUUCUUCUAAAAUGGAUGAUCUGAAGGAUCUUUUAAGAAAUCAUAUAACCACUGUUGUUUCAAAAAUGUGCCGGCAAGUUCUUCCAGACUCUUUAGAUAUAAACGUUGAAGGUUUAAUAGGAAUCACUGUGGGCGGAAAAAAUGUUCUUUUACUACGCAUAAACGACGACAUAAAUCGAUGUUCCGACAGCGCAAAUUCUAAUUCUAAUAUUAAAUAUGUUUCAAAACGAAAGCAGAAUCGAAAAGAUAUUUUGCAUGAUGAAGAUAAUAUUUCGUGCCAUUCAGAUAACUGUCAAUCAGCUGAAAAUAAAGUAUUAAUCAAUUUAAACAACGCCGACGAAAGUCUCCCAGAGCAUGUCUCUCAAAUGCUGGGUAUGCCUUCCAAAUCAAAACCAAUUAAUCGUGUAGUGGAAGAUGUUGCCCAACAAAUUGAAUUGGAAGAACGAAUGUCGCCCUUUAGAGUAGGAGACAAAUGGCUAUGCCAAAUGUGUAAUAAGCAAUUUACUACCUCAGUCGCAGCCGUAAAUCACAUGCAAAUUCAUACUGCAAACAUUCAAACAUCUGUUAAAAAACGAGCGACGACGACGCCGGACAAGCAAAUUGAUUCUACAGACGAUCCGGAUAAUUAUCUUCCGGAUGGACGGUUAAAGCCGUACGAUUGUUCAGAGUGUCAUAAACGGUUUAUUAGUAGCCAGACCCCCUACAGAUUUACGCAAAAAGUUCACCUGAGAACUCAUAUUCGAGUUCACACUGGAGAGCGACCGUACGAAUGUCCAGUCUGCAGUAAGCGUUUUAGUCAAAAAGUUCACAUGCAACGUCAUAAUCGUGUGCAUACCGGAGAACGACCUUAUCAAUGCCCACUCUGCCCUAGAACUUUCUCUCAAAAGGUUCACGUAAGAGGUCACAUGAAAAAUCAUGCACAUGAGGUGGACAAAGAGAAGAUGGAAGAGAUGGUAAGAAAACUUGAAGAAGAAGACGACAGGCCCCCUUUAUUACGGGCUGAAAUGCCAAUGGAAGCCGAUGUAUCGAAUAUGUCAAAUGGAAGUGUUAGUUUAUCAAUGGACGACGACGACGAAUACCCGCGCUUACAAAUUGACGAAAGUUUUCAAUCCGUACCGGGCACAGGAACAUUAGAAGAAAAAUUAUAA